AUGGAGGACUUGAGCGCUGGUGAGAGGGAGGAUGCAGGCAGAGAUGGUCCGCGACACAAUCGAGACAAGUGGGCCCACCCCAUCGAAUUCUUCCUAGCCCUUGUUGGUUAUUCUGUGGGGCUCGGGAAUAUCUGGCGUUUUCCGUAUGUGGUAAUGCAGAACGGUGGAGGUUAGUUGAGCGACGAUUUCUAAUAUUUGAAUGCAGAAAACCACUUCACUUAAUACAAAAGCCACGCAAUCUCCUCCAUCCGCUCAAACAUACUGUUUUUCAGUCCGUUUUGAGCUAGUUUAUGUGAGCCCGCUCAAGAACUUUGAUUACGAGCAGAAAUAAUAGGCGGACAAGUUCACUCCUAGGCUAGAAAAAACAAAAUUAUGUGACUGAUCACCUGGGUAAUUUGUGACCUGCCUGAUUUCGUGUACGUGAGAAAACACAUAUAAGGACGACAUUCGUAAAGAAUUUGAACAGUUAUUUGAAUAAAAAUGACGGAUUAAGUAGGAGGCUAUCAAGGAUACACAUAAAGAGUAGUUCCUUGUUGCCACACAAGAACUUGGAUGUUGUAUUUAUUGUCAGCAGUGUUGGCCACUUCCAAGGACUACUGUCGCUAAAAUUGUCUAAAUGUGGACGCCUUGUUAACUAAACCUCUCUGUUCAAAAAGGACGUCGAGGUGCCAAGUCAGCGAAUCUACUGGCGUGACACGAUCUAUAUGGCGUUUGUUUCAUACCGAAGGGGGUUUCCACCUAUCGGUAGCGAUAAAUGCAACACUUUCAUUGACAGAGUGAUGCCAGGGUGUCACCUACAUAUUCGGCAAUUUUUUAUGCCGUUUAUUAAAGGGUUUUGACUGAAUUCCAUUGAAUUCUUAAGAUGUCUGUUGAAGACCAUCACUUCAAACAUUGUUUGGAGAAACGUGUGACAAAAGCGUUUUAUCUUUCUUAUCCUUGUGCACAUUUUGACCUCAGUUAUUACUGGGAAAGUGUUGGGAGGUGCCUUAGUAUAAUCCAUUUUCAACGGGCUUAGUGCUUUCUGGUUUAAAGACUUAGUCGAAGUUAGGCAAGAUCUACCUAUUGGAUACAAACUGGUCGCUAUGUAAUUUGUCGGGCGAAGAUCUAAAGGAGUUUAAGUAAAAUGCAAAAUUUGAGCUUCAUAGCAUACGCUGUUUAUAGAACAAGGUUAUAGCAAACGACAAACGCCAAAAACGGUUACAAGGUGAAGGCAUUUUGUGUGAUUAUUAUGCUAGUAAUUACACUUAUUUUUAGGUAUAUUCCGUUUUUUGCACAACUACUUUUUAGAAAGACAGCUGACAUUCUACAAUAAUUCCCUUCUUUGUUAAACUAUUAUUAGGAAAUUCCAUAAAAUGAAUACGCAUAUUCAAAACUGCCAUAAAACGAGGACGAGUGCAUGCAUAGCGUCAGGACGUGGAAUUUUUAUGUCCGUUAUAUUUGGCAACACUUAGAUUGCAAAAAGGCUUAUUAUGGGAGAUGCAAUGAUUAAGAAAAUGUUCCAUGACACUUUUGGUCUUAUGUACAGACGGCGAGCGCAGCAGCAUCAUUUCUCUGAUCGUUUCCUUGUUUCGUCACUCGUUAGCUUGAGAGUACAGACGCCUAAAAUAUUUGGAAAUAUAGUAGAGUAGGUCUUUAUGGGGGAAAAUCGACCUGACUGGCUGAAAACACGUUCAGAGUAAUAUCGGCCCAUUCCUACAUUCUUCUUAACCCGGCGAUCUGUCUCCUGAAACCCCUUUCCAACUUUUGUUUGCAUUUAAAAGCAACUUCGAUGAUUGCGAUUUCUGACAAACGCUUUCUAGGCAAAGAAGUUCGCAGCGUUUAAUGUGUCGGUGCUCACGCUCAUAUACCGAAGAAUUUGCAAGCAAGGCUAUGGGGCUUGAUUUAAGUGCCACUUAACUGCUUGAGUGCUUCAUAAAUCCGACUUAGAAGCGAAGUGUGUUGAUCAACUGCAGAUCGAAAGGAGAGCAACUGACGCCGGCUCUGCCAUUCCACGAACCUGGUAGUCGCACGGUGGAAAAUAAACAGUUCACUCAACAGCCAAGAACUGGGUACAGGCAAAGUACGUCGCUUCACGCCCUCUAGAAAUGCUUUCGCAGACCUGAUGCAUUUACUAGACUCACUUGUUUAAUUUCUCAACGAACUGAAUUAAAAGUGUGACGAAUAAAAGUGUGAUUUUAUCAUAAAAUAUUGACAGAACAUGCUUACUAGAGAAUCUUUGGGCCCAUACAGAAGUACUUACUUCCAUCCAGGGUCGCUGACUGUGGUACUCGUGGUAGGCAAAAGACAGCUUGGGCAACUUAUGUUCUUCUCUAAUCGUCGUAUUGCAGUCGCUCUAGGUAAAUGAAGGCUAUUCGCAAAGUUCACAUGAAAUAGAGGGUAACAUUAACUAUGAUCCCAUAAUCUGACGUGUGUGGAUGGUUGCACAUUUCAUUCCUACCAACAUCAGCGGCUUCGCUGAGGUUGUAUCGCUUAGGGAAGUUUUCCCUUUUUUACUUCUUAAGAGUUAAAAUAGUGCAUAUAUUCUUUACAAAGAAUGCAAUCGAUUCGCUCAGCGACGCAAAGUAGCUCCUUUACAGGACUAGUAAAAUCUUUGUAAACUGUCUUUUGAAUCCUAAGCAAAAGCAUUUAAAUGGGGUCGGACAAGUCAAACUAAUAAAUUGAUCUAAUAUGUCCACUGUUUUGACUUACGUUUACAUCACCUGUGUACUAUCACAAAUAAAGUUUGCCUCCAGGUUCUACGGUUAGGUACCACCUUUUAAAUAGCAGUAUAAGUCAUUUCAAGUCUCACAGUUACUAAGCCAGAAAUGGCCGCUUCAGUCUCCUCUGGCUUCGUCAGAAUAUAUUCUUGGUCGCUAUACGAUCGUCUGCGAGGGCCCUGCAUCGACCUCCAAUGCACAACAGGACGAACAGGUCCCGUAACCCAGUCGCAAAGGACAUGGCUGUAGUCCGUGGCUCACUGGUAAAGGGUUAGACGCAAUGAUCAAUGGUCCCGGUAUUUAAUCCCAGGUACAUUAAACCGGGGAUCGGCAUGCUAAUUGAUGACGGCUGAUAAGCCGGAAAUGGCUCCUCCAUUCUCCUUUGCCUUUAUCGGAACUCGCCUCAACGUAUAUUGUCGGCGGCUACAAGACUGUCUAUGAGGGCUCUACAUUGAACCCCAAGACGCAGAGUGGCGAACGGGUUCCGUAACCCGAUCAGUAAACGUCCUUCCUAGGAUGCAGAAACUUUUUCGAAAAAAAGACGUCAGCAAAGACUCUUGAGACCGGUACUUGAUUCCAUACAGCAUAAGUCUGCUGCGCCGACAUUUUGUUAAGGUUAAGACAGUCAUGCAUUCGCUUUUUUACCCUGGCGCCAGAAUAAUAAAGCAUACCCUUUGCGAGAAUGUCAUCAAUUCCUCUGUGAGCUAUCACGGAACUGUCGUUUUUUCCAUUUUAUUUUCCUUUCCAUUUGCAGGUGCUUUUAUCAUUCCAUAUCUGUUCUUCCUCGCACUAAGUGCCAUUCCACUCUGCUUCAUGGAGUUUACGCUCGGACAGUACACCGGUCUAAGCCCCGUACGAGCCUUUGACUUUGCGCCAUUCUUCAAGGGUGAGUACUGUUUAUGUUGCUGUAUGGAUAAGACGCCGCCAAGGCAACGUAAGAUGAGGCAUUGCCUGAUGACCAGUGGGAAAGUACUCUGUGGAAAAUAUAACAGUAAAAUGACACUACCGGCUACAUCGGUAAAAGGUGACGUUUAUAUAAGACAGGGAAACUCUGUGCCAGAUGCGAAGUGAGCAUUGGAGAUAUUUUACUUAGUUCUUACCUAAUCCACUAACUUGUACGUGACUUAGUAACCAUAAUUGUCCUUUUACGCAAAAGGAAAAUUUUGUGCAAAGUGUGAAAAGUGGUUUGUCCCUCAUGGGAAUAUUCGGCUGCGAUAAAGACAAUCAGUCUUGUCUACCUUAAGGAGCGGGUACAGAUUCCUUUACAGUCACUCACUUAUGCCAGUACGCUUAAAAUAGGACUUUCGUUCAUCUAGCAGGAUUUUCAGACUGAAUAUAGGUAUUUUACUUUAUUACAGGGUCUGAUUAAGAGCCCUUAUAGGCGGUCGCAGAGGACUGCUUCUAAGCUCGCGGUUUGAAUGGUAAAGGGUCCAUAUUAUUUUUCAACUGAAAGCCGGUUCCGAUAGCAGGUGUUUCCGACCUGGAUUGAAGUAUGAGUGGCUGUCGACGGCAAAUGGGAAAGGAAUUGCCCUUUCGGCGUUGCCUAUAAUACUUUUUGACUUACAUACCAGUAGCGCAACCUGUGUGUUGCUCAGGAACUGCGGGUAUUGCUCGGAACGGGUUCCCAAAGGUAUUUUGGACGACCGCGCACUUCGUCAAAUAUUUAACCAGAAGAAGAAGUUUGAGGUCUAACUGUCGCAAAAGACGAGUUUCACGACUGUCCUGCUGGCAGAGCGGUGGUUUGCGCAUGGUUUUGUCAGUACCGGACUCACGCUCACGCUGUUCAUUGGCAGCUUAAGAUCCAGAUGGCUGUAUGCUGGCGUGGGGGCAUUAGCUGACAAAGCUAACCAGCUAUUCUACAUAUGUCAUAUGACAUGUCGAACCUCAGAGGAGUUGUGAGGUCUUUGAGCUCACAUAAAUAGAAAUGCUAUGAGGGUCAGAUUAAAAAGAUCCCAAUGCAGUCUGGCCGUCGGCUUUGAGUAGGACCGAGUUAUUUUGUCAGCUGACACCCUACCAGUCCAGGGUGCAGCCAGUGGAUGGGGCUUAAAUAGGAAUAUCAACUCUGCAUUUUCAAACGCAUUUAUUUUUACUGUUUUGCAAGUCUCUUCCUAUAAACCUAAAAUGGUGAUAUCAUUUCACACUCAGGUACCGGCUGGGCAAUGCUUCUGGUUUCUGGCAUUUUAUGCAUCUACUACAAUAUUGUCAUGGCCUGGGUAAUUUACUACUUUGGAAUGUCAUUUAAUUGGGAUUUGCCCUGGAAGCACUGCAACAACCCCUGGAAUACACCUCAGUGCUUCAGUAUUUUCGAUGACACGGUGAGUCGGGUUUUUUUGCACGCUGCCAUGUUGUUGUACGAGCAAACAUGCAGGGAAACAAGAUUUGAUCUGAUACCAUUUUUGUUUCCUACUGUUACCCCCACAUAGGCCAAAUCCAUCAGUCACCUGGAAGACGACUAGCGUGUUCCUUUGUUAAGCACCAUCCUCACUUUAAUGCAUUACAAUGUUGGAAUGGCCGACGUCACACAUCACGAGACAUAACCCUAAACAUGAGUGCAUAUACCUUUCAACUUUCAACUCAGGCACAUGGUUUGACAAACGCCUUCUUUACUACCAUCUAUAGGGAGUUGAUAUUAAAUAAAACUCUGAUUGACUUUUACUCGAUGCCUGUCUAGUGAUGUCGUUGUGAGGAGGCAAAUAAACCGUAGGUGUGCUGCCGUUUUUUGCUCAACCAGGCGACCUCAUUAUAAAGCUCAGAAACAGCACGAAGGAGGUUACAGCACCUCUUACUAUUAUAUGUUGACUGCAGCAGUACUUUGGGGAUGGAAACUUUCAAGAGUAUACUGGGUGCUACGGAUUUGUGAAUUAUACGUUUUGUCACCUUUUAGACGAAUGGGACCGGUUUUCCGGAAAACAUGAAAACUUCGACCAGUGAGUUUUGGCUGUAAGUAAUUACUAACUUCUUUCUUCAGAGGCUCCGGCAAAUUAGUGCUUCAGGUUUGCGAAAAGUCUCAGUCAAAUUCAUAUAAUUCAUUCACGCACUGCUUUGCUGGUACAGUGGACUCCGGCUGUUCGGGUUACACCAGAGCACAACCUUUUUAUCCCAUCAAAAGGCAGUCCAAAGUCAUCCGAAAUGCACACAUCGCUCUAUUACGCUAGUCGGUAACACCCAAAUUAGGGUAUAAAAUACGCAUCUGCUGAAUCAAAUCAUCCAUCGCAGUUUUGGUUUCAUUUUAGUCUAACCAUUAAAUUUGCUAGUACUCACGCCAAAGUUACCUCAUUGCAGUACAAAUGCAUGUAUGAGAUAUAAAGGAUAGCCCAGUUAUGGUUGUCUUGAGUGAAACUAUCGGGGAUUCUUUGACGUGGUUGCGAUCGAGCAAGGCCUCCUCAUCUCCGCCAUUCAUACAGAUGACUGGCUUCAUUGUCUCUUGGCACAAAAUAGUAUCGUAUCUUGACAAUGAAUCUCCUAACCACUAUCAGUCAUCGAUUUCUUUCAGGCAUAUCAUCGUUCAGAUCUUUUCCGGUUCGUUGAGGGCGUCGGGUCAUUUCAUGUAAACUGCUCGAAAAUUCUGUCCUCAAAAUCGCCACUUUCAUGUGCGGUGGAGAACUUUUAUUAACGCACAUGUCGCUGGCCUCAUUUUUUCUUUUGGUCUAAUAGAACAUUGUGUACAACUACUGUUACAUAUGCCUGUUGCAUAUUAUAAUUGUGUGGGCGGGUGUAUAGUUAAGCCACCAGACUGACCAACGUAAUUUCAAAGGCUAUCUGAGGAUAUAAAUGCGCAAACAGGUGCCAGAAUUGCUACCUUUUUCCACCCCUCCCCAAGCGUCCACCACCGUAUAAUUUACUUCCGGUAGUUAGUCUCAGGACUAACAUCGUGCGAUGCGUCCUCUUCCACCAACUCCCACGCCUGACCAAUUAGUAUUAUCUGGAGGCGAAUGAUCUGUGCAGAGCACUUAACCGAACACGUGGCUAACAGACCGUCCCGAUGUCCUUCCACAAGAAACGCCGUCCUUCCUGUCAUCUCUUAAUUAGACUUAAUGACUAUCCUAAUAAGUAAGACAGAAACAGAGUAUACAUAAAGACUGUGUCCUUUCUCCGGCACGUUCUCCGAAUAAAUGAUUUUUGAAAUUAACCUGUGUCCUAAAUGACCGGAAGCUACUGUGUUUUUUUCGUCGGGACAGUGUCUUUUUAUAUGUCAGAAUGGGUGGAUAGGUAUGGGAACCUGUGGGAUUGAGAUGCCGUCAAACAGGGGGAGUAAACUAACAACGUGUCAUUUAUAACGGGCCACACGGUACAUGCGCUGGACCAGUAUGGGCGACAGAUCAGAAUCUGCGACGCGCUACUGGGCUCUACACCCCAUAACAAUCGUCCUACAUUUGAAGUGUGGUAACACGCAUAGGUAUAGGCUUACGCCGCGCAAACCACCUGCGUUCGAUUCUGGCUCCAGUCUUCUUGACUCUAUUUUGACACCGGGUUCAGGUGGGUGGGGGAAGAGAGUGCGGUAGAUGCGGUGCAUGUCCACUAUCAAUACAAAUUAAUCAACGCGCACGUCACUGUGUCUGGACCCGUCGUGCUGCGGAGCACACGUUAGACACCGUCGGAUGCGACAGUUGAACUGUCAGGCUAAGUGCGCCGAGAUCUUGCUGAGUAACCAGGUACGUGGAACAGAUUUGUCGUCUCACUGCAAGGGGAUGGUAAAUUCGGGUUGUGGGUCGAACAUGAUAAGUCAGCGGUCUCACGACAGCUGAACAGUGUAGUACCAGAUCAGCUACCAGUGUAAAACAAAUAAGUAUAAAUGCAUGUUUCUUCAAAAAUCAACGAGUACUUCGAGUUUGUCCCAUGGAUGUUCUUUAUAAAUAUUUAGGUGGGAAUCCAGCCAAGAGCCGAUAUGCGAAUGCAGUCGAGUGGCGAUCGCUUUAUAAGCACUGGCUUCAGACUCGCAUAAUUUUAACAGAAAUUAAGAUCGCUGGACGACUUUGCGCUUUAGUGUGAGCGGCAACAAAGGGUUUCGACUCUGCGUGUUCUGCUGCUGGUUGGUUGGUUGCGGUCGACUUUAUUGUCUCGGUUGCCGACAGAUUUACGGCCGCCGUAUCUGCGAGUGAUUCUGCAGAAGGCUCAGGAUCCUCGCAAUGAGAGAGGGGGACUUUAGGUUGCAUAACAGACCGACUGAGUGUGGUUUGGAUUCGACUAUAUCCUAAAAAGCCUGGCCGGUCGGGUGGGAACCCGAGCGCAGCCAUGAUGCAGGGGUUCGACCUUCAAAUCUUCAACCAUCUCCACUUUGGUUGACAAACGCGUCUUUGCACUCGAAUGUUGUCGUAAAACGUAAAUAAUGCAUCCAUUUGCUCGGAAAAAUGACAGGCGAGUUAGGGCCGCUAAGUUUUCUUUUCAGUUGUCUUCAGAUACCUUCAGUUUCUGAGGCCUGCCUAAAACUUCGAACCCUCUCAAGGGACGGUUGACAGACGAUCAAGAAAUUAGGAUAAGACAAAGACGACAUCAUCCUGCAUGCCUACGAAUAUCACUCUACUGUGAGGCUCUUCAACUGUUUAUCAGAGGAGGGUGAUGGGCGCAUUAGUUGGAAAGUAAUACUUUGAUUCCGUGGCUCGGUGGUUAAAGGCGUUUGACUUCUAACUAACAGGUCGCGGGUUCGAGGGCCCAGGUGUUUCACACGUCGAGGUUGGGUAUGACUGGCUGAGGACGGUUAAUAAGCCAGAAAUGGGCAUUCUAGUCUCCCUUAUCUUUGUCGCUAAUAAGAGAGGGAAAAUUAUCCUUUAAAUAUAAAUGCAUGAAGCUCAUUAUUCUCCUUGCCACAAUCGGAAGAUAUCGGUACCCAAUGACUCUUUUAUACUCUUUGAUGACGCGUUAUACACUUUCCCAAAAUUUAUGAAGACAUGAGUUUAUUUGCGCAGCAUAUCAACUAGCAGACCAAUAGGGGUGGGGGUUCGUCUCUGGCUCAGAUUCUUACCAGGUGGAGGGGAAGGGGGUGUCGCUCACCAUCACUUCGACGAAUCUCUUUUUUAUGCGCAUAGUAGACCUGACGGUGGAAGUCGACGAAAUAAGCGUAUUCAAACGUCAUUCCUCUCUUUUCCUGAAGUUCGCACCAACUUGUGAGGAAAACGAUGCAAUAACCUCCUACCCGGCGCUACAAGUCUUGCAGUUACCUCAUGAAAGCCAGAUGUCACGCAGAAAUCUCAGGGCACUGAUAUAAAAUCUGUCUCAAGAGGCAGGAGCGCACCAAUCGGCCAAUUACGCUGCAGUUCACUGGCUUCGACUCUUUUCCAAAGAAUAGAGUACUCUGUUUACACCAAAGGCGAUGAUAACCUGUAGAACCCACAAGUAGAUGGCAGCUCCAAAAAUAUACCCUAAAAUUCGGUGUGACUGUGAGCAUCACUUAUUAUUUGCCGUUCGCACUGUUUGAAAUUUCAUUUCCUCCUGAACUAAAUGUAAAGCUACAAGCAGUGCUGUAUUCGAAGUCCGUUGUUAUUUAAAAAAUUCUUUUUGCAUGUUUUUGACUGUCGCGCUCACUUUCUUUGCCAAAUGACAACUUACGAUAAGACUUUCGGUGUAAAUUUGUCUAUCUUCUGUGUCAUCUUGCUCUCCAUGCUGUGUAUUGCCCCACCCGUAAAACUCCUCUACCACUAUUCAACGUAUGACAUGGCCCACAGGCUAGCUCAAGUUAGCUGUGGGUCCUACACCCUAUCGUCGCCAAAUACCCAUGAAAGUUAUUAUUUACAGUUGGUAAACUAACAAAUUACGUGCUCAAACUUAUGAAACGUUUCUUAUUACCCGGAAACUGGCCCAGUCGUAUCGACCAAAAUUCUUAUUUGACAAUGUACCACUCUAAGUAGAGUGAAAACAUGAAAGAAAUAUUGAAAAGAAUAUUGCGUUGUCCAAAAAAUAACCACUUUUUGAAAAGCAGUAAUGAGGACAACCUCCAAAAUCGUGUCAGAUUAGUAAACCCAAGUUUUAGAAGAACGUAAAGUCUGCUCGUGCAAAUAACUGAGUAAAUGAAGCAGUCCAUGUAGAAUAACGUCUGAAAAUAGCCCUUUAGUGGAUUUUGCACUGUAAAAAUCCUUCAGGCUUUGGUGUUGUGUCAGGUAUGGCGGUCAUUUAGCAGCUUGCAUUUUGAGUACACGUUCGAAAAUAUUUUCAUGAGAAUUGGCUUUAUUUUUUCGUUUUUACAUUUCCUGGGAUGCCGUUGAUAAAGGCAGAGAGGAUUUCGCCUAAUUUAACCGGUGAGGACGUCCCAGGACUAACAGCUUUCAUAAUGUCACAUACUGACAGGUCGGUUGGUGACUAAUACAUUUUAAUAUAAUUAGCACAUGCAAUAAACAACGAGUUUUCAAGUGCGACAGUUAUGUUCAGUAAAAUUCACGAGAUUAAAUUACUCUACCAGAAAAACACGCGUGGAUGCGCAAACGCAGUCUAAUGCAGGCAAUAAUGCGGGAAACUGUCAGAAUAUAAGUUAACAUCAAUUUUAGCCCACUUAGCAGACAUUGUUCCCGAUAAAUCCAUUUAAAAACGCAUUUCACAUGCAAAAAGGACGUUUUCCGUAUUUGGUCGGACGAAUACGUAAAGAGCACAACGUUUCGGUGAGUCUAAAUUAUUAUAUAGAUUCUCAUGAUCACAUUUCACAAGUUUGGUCACAUACUGCAUCGAGAGCAACUUCUCGACUCGUUUGAACUCAGGCUAGGAAUGAAGUGUGUGUGGGCAACCAAUGUUUUAUAUAGCUAUUCUUUUCUGACUACAAUGGCUUCAUAAAUGCAACGUUUUCCGUGUAGAAUAAAAUUCUUGUCUUAAUAUUAAAUAAGCAAAUAAUUAUAAAUGAACACUUUCUCUUACUUUAGAUACAACGUUUUGGAAGUUUCGCCAGACAUUUCGGUUUUCGGUGGAAUCAAUUGGAAGCUGUUUGCAUGCAUGUUUGUCGCUUGGGUGGCGACAUUCCUUUGCCUAAUAAAGGGCAUUCGCACAACAGGAAAGGCAAGUUUCCGUUAAUCCGGAUGGAAAACCGUGUGCUUAGUUUUCCUUUGCCUUUCUUACCUGAAAAGUAAUUUAUAUUUUUUUCUCUACGCAGGUUGUUUACGUGACCGCCCUUUUGCCCUAUGUCUUCUUAACGGCAAUUCUCAUUCGAGGUGUAACACUCCCGGGCUCAUGGCUGGGGCUUCAGUUUUACUUGCGCCCUGACUGGAGCCGCCUUCUCAAUGUUGGAGUAAGUCCUUAUUAGCCGACUGGUCGCGAAAAUAUAAGCUGCUAUAAAAUAUCUUGUAAUGACUUUGGAUUGACGUUUAUGUGGAGACAGACAAACAGACUGAUGUAGUUUGUUGUCGAUACUCUGAAAUAGGUAAAACUAAAAUAUAUGUCGCUUUUCCAGUAAAACCAUGCCGCCAUUUGGUCUGCCGUACGAUAAUAUUGCCAACACACCUUUAACACAAAACAUCCAGAGUUAAGCAACAGCAAAUAAACAAAUCACGAGAGAGAGAGUGGUCUUUAGUUCCAAAAGACUUAGGCGGUAAACAACUAAGCAAUUACUCAAAUUAAAGGUUCGUCCACUAAAGCCAAAGGCCUCGGGGCAUAAACCAAUGCUGCGGGGGGUCAAGUGUGUCUGGAAUUGCCUCAUAGUGGUCGCGGACCCUCGAAUGUAUUUUGCCAAAGUAAGCCAACCCGUCGAAAAUUUCUCAGUCCCGACAAUGCUGGUUGCUGGUAAACCACAUUGACAAAAUCCAAUCUAGGAAAUAGUUAGAUUGCAGCUAGGUUCCUAAACAUGUCUUCUGCCAAAAACAAGCAGAAAAGGCAACUAAGUAGUCUCUUUUGACUUUUAGGUUCCUUCCUCCUUUAGAAUAAUUGUCAUUGAAUGCAUGAGGUCGGGAUCUCAUAGACUAACUGCCUACAUUUAAAUUUCUGUCUCCACACCUUCAGUACUCAACAAGUGACAUGUUGAAAGUGUGCUUAAUGACUAACUACGUCUCAUGGUUGGGUAUGUCAACAGACUAGUAUUUUUUACAGUUAACUGCCCUCUGAAGCGAAAUGACUGAAAAAAGUUUAUCAAUUUGAAAAAAUCCGUUGUAGUGAUUGGGCUGACAUCCUGCUACCGCUGUCAACAGGUCAGUCUUAUAAGGGCCUUGAUGAUUUUGAUUGGCCUCUUUUCAGUUGUGGACCAAUGCUGCCGUACAGAUCUUUUACUCAAUUGGUCCUUCUUGGGGCGGCCUCAUAACUAUGUCUUCCUACAACGAAGUGAACAGAAAAUACAGCAGGUGAUUAAAUUCCAUAAAUGAGUCAUUUACAAGUUCCUCUUUCGUCGAAGACCUAUUACAACAUUUAGACAAUGCGUUGCAGCUUUACUCGGUUUUUGUUAACAAACUGAAUAAAAAGUUCCACAAACGCGUAAUUUUUCCAGUCCACUUGCAAUUAACUAAACGGGAAACGCGCUAUUUUCGUAUAUUGUUUGAGCCAGUACGCGCAGUUUAAUUUGGGGCAACCUCGCAUGGUCAACGCUGCAUGAUGAUUGACUCAAAGCUUGACAUACAGUUGGCGUACUGUCUGUGUGACCAUUGCUGUUUCCCCUUCUAAUCUUAAGCCAGUUUCUUAAAAGUAAAGUCAGAAAGCCAUGGGCAGGAGCAAGGUUCCGUCACAUUUUAUGUCUGAAGAAAAAUACUCUCCUUUCUCCGACGUCUGUCGGUAAAAGUCCAAGGCUAGUGUUUAAAUUAAGUCUUGUCUAACCGAAUGUUCACAAUGAUAGUUGUCGCUGUUUGACCGAAGUACUGUUUUAUUAAUGGGCAAAACACAGAAGUCACCCAAGUUUAGAAGCGCAUUGCUACUUGCUGUUGUGAAGCGUUUGGUUGAGUCAGGACUCGCCGGUUUGUGCCCGAUUACAGGGCAGGAGACAUGCGUUCCUUUUUGGUUUAAAGUUUCAGACAAGGAUCCACCUCGGCGAUCACGCGGGAGCGAACAAUCACUGGUCGAGAAACAUUUAAGGACAGAAAUGGGGAGGGGCUGUCCCUCAAUAACUCCUUCUCAUUUAUUUAUCCAUUUCACAGGCCUAUCAACGGAAUGUGGCCGAAGCAUUCGUUUCCAACGUGUGUUCACACAAGCAAAUAAACUGCGUUAUUGAUAAAAAUGUAACUUGCGGUGAAAGGACGUUGAUUACAUUAGAAACCCGAGUUUUAUUUAAUCCAUGCAAUCAGAAAUCUGAAAAUAUCUUGCGUUUUUUGUAUCGGGAAGCUCACCUGUAUCGCCCCUUGUGUGGGGGUAGAAUCAAGUCCGUAUAGCUCACCGCCAUCUAGUCCUAAAUAUUUCUUCACUUUUUGUUUAGGGAUGCGUUUCUUUUGCCAAUUAUUUGCGGUGCAACGAGCAUCUACGGCGGCAUAGCCAUAUUUUCGGUAAUAGGACACAUGGUACAUUCGCUGGGCAGCACGGAUGUGGCCGCGGUGAUGCAGUCGGGUCCGGGACUGGCCUUUUGUGCCUACCCAGAGGCGCUGGCCAAAUUGCCCGGCGGAGCAGUCUGGGCCGUCCUCUUCUUCACCAUGCUCUUCACUCUUGGUCUAGACAGUCAGGUAAGUCGAACCGACUCCAAGUACUCUGGGGAUGAUCCUGUUCGUCUCUCCUCCCCUCAUUCUGAUGCAAAUUUCUUCUUUGACGAGCCCGACGCCGGAAAAUAAAUGAAGGAAAAGCUGUUCACUCUAUGUCCGUAGUGUAAACGGUUGCUUUCCGAGUAACUUCAAGUGCCCAACGUGUCGGACGCCUAUCAAUAAAAACAGAAUGUUAAUUUUUUCAUGUGUAUUUUGGUUUGAUAUUCCCUCAAAUUGCAUCAAAAGGCAAGUAACAAGGUGUUAAUUUGGGAAUCGUAUGUAUAUGCAAAACGCAGACUGUUCCGUAAGACAAGCCAUUGUUUUCAGAGUUUACAAAUCGACACAUUUCUUUUAUUCAAUUUCAAACGAUGAUGUGGAAGUAAUUCCGGGAGGGGGGAAAGAUUGUUUAUAUGGGUCCCGACAGGGCACCGGAACAAGAACCGCCCAUAAUAGAGUGGUUUUUUGCCAAAUUCCAGGGAAAUUAGGGGAAAUGUUAAGGUUAGGGUUACGGUUAAGGUUUGUGUCAGGUUUAUUGUCAGGGUUAGGUCUUGAGAAUAUUUACCCUUGCUGGAAUUUUCCGCAAGGCCUCCUGUAUUCUGUGGGAGGGGUGUUCCUACUUCCAUGUCCCGUGGGGGAGCCACAUAAGUAUUCCUGGUCGUAAUUUCCUGUACAAUGGACAUAAAAAUGAGCUUUUCUGCAUUCUGUUUCAACAAAUAUGGAAGAAACCAUGAGACCAUCGGAAUCCAUUAAAAGCAGUCGCACACAGCUUAGACAAUGGGCCUUUCUUUGUGUUGUUUACUCGGAUGACUGGAAAAAUACUCAACCGAAAUCCAAAACACCGCUGGAUGAAAACUGAAUCGUGAGUAUAUGUCAUGCUAAUUGGAUUUUCUGCGCUAUCUAUUUGAUCUAUAAGAUCUAGUUGACAUGCGAUACCGUGAUAUAUCACGCUUCCCCAAUUGUAGUUCGAAACCAUUUGUUUGAUCGGGAUCGGAUUUUUCAAUAUAUAUUACUUUUAUGGUUUACACUCUCUGUCCAAAAAUAUACACCUUCCAGUGUAACAGGAUAUUAAGCCAUAUUCUCUGAAUGUCUUUAUGCGCGAUUAGAAAGUUUUUUUAUUAAUACGUCCUUUUUCAAUAAAAGGCCUGAUAAGGACAGUAUUUGCGUUUAAUGAGAUUUGUGCCAGUGUAGCAGAAAUAAAUUUUUGUCAACGCUGUUUCCAAAAAGGACGAAGAAAAUAUUCCACAUGGAGCACUCCCCUUCUGAAAACAAUCCUCUUAAAACGGAAGUAUCCAAAAACGACUUAUUCACAAGUAAGCAAUCAAACCCGGUUCCGACUGAUGAAGGAGUUAGUUCCGAAGAAACUUCUUAUAGCAUAGUUGCACAUUAAAUAUAACAUGGUUGCAAGGACAAUCAAACAGAGGCUCUGUUGCGUCGUUGAGGGUAUCUACGGGUCAAACAUGCAGAAUUUAUCCCGCCUAAAGCAAUUUGCGAUGGUCUGCCUAUGCACGCUACCUCCAAACGAAAAGGCUUACUUUAGUAAGGUUUGGAAAACUACUUAUUAGGCAGCACAGACCAAUUUUCGUCUGGAAUUUAAAAGCCUUUUUCAGUCAGCUGUUAAACAUCCAUUCAAAAAUGAGUCACUGCUUAGGUUCUGUACACUGUUUUGAGGGAUUUUUGCCGCCUCUAUAAUCAAGAUAAUAUUUGAUACAGGGAUACGUCAAAAACAAUUUAGCACACGGACUUUAUAAGAAAUCAGAUUUAACAAGUUUAGUACUUAGAGAAAGGUGAUAUUCAUAUCCGCAAAAAGCCUUUAAUUGCAAUAAUUUUAUGCACAAGGUAUUCGAUGUGAUUUAUACCUGUCGGAGUAAUUCUUGAACGUCAGGAGGCCUCUUUGUGGGGAUUUGUGCGGCUAUGCGCAUUUGCUCUAGGAAAAGCACAUAUAAUUUAGUUUCGAAAUCCUGAAAGCAAAAUAAAAACACAAGUUCUCUGGUAGUACACGGAAAUAGGAAGGCCUCACCGAUAAUACGGUUGGUCUUGUACAAAAUUUUAAGGAGUGAAAGUACUUCCACAGCCUAAUUCUGACCAUUAACUUCCCUCUUACACUAGCCUUGACCUUGGCCAGUUUGACACGGGAGUAUGGACCCCCUCCCAGUACUAGAGGUGGCGUCGUGGGAAAUUCCCUGGGUUCCUAUUUUCGUAUCUUAGCCUUAUCCCCGACCCUGACCCCAACCCUUGCCCUAACUCAGACUCUCGGAGUUUAUGGCAAGAUCACCUGUAAUAUAAGGAUCCAUAUUUUCCUCUCCAACCCUCUAUACCUAAACUAUAUUCUAAACCUGAAAUCUUUCCUUGAUCCUAACGUUGAAUUUGUUCUUAAUCUCCCUGAAAAUUGGCGCAAGGCCGCUUGUAUUACGGGGGUUCCCGCUCCCAUGCCGUACCGGUUGUCUGCCAAAAUAUACGGGCACUGGUGCCCUUUUAAAAGUGUGGUAUAUUUCUUCGGGGUAGGAAAUUUGAGUGAAACCUAAAUCAUAUACAGUUGGUUAUCUGCCACAAAUUCUUGAUACCAUUAAUCUCGCCUUUACGAGACAUGCGCCUUCCCUAAUUUUUGCAUUCCCAAAACACGGGAGUUCCUAUCGGGUUGUUUGAUUACGACUUGCUUUGAUGUUCAGUGUUCUCCGCUCAAUAUUCGUAAUUUGAAUUAACAAAGGCAGAAAAUGCCUUUAAGUCGAUUAUUUGGCCCAAUUGCCGUCUGGCAUAUUUUGUCUGGAAGUAAGUUCCGUUUUGUAAAUUAUGGGGUAAUUUUACACGUCAUGAACAGAUUGUGACUAAUUGUUUCUGGAAAAUCUAGUCUCUCACCGGCGUCACUGUCUCUUUUUAGGGAACACACGGGUUUUUACAUCUCGACUACGGCUGAGAACGUUAACGAAAAGCCUAGGACCACGUCUGUUUGAUGAUUUAAGUGACAAAUCCGGCAGAAGUUAAUUUCGACAAAAAAAACCACGGUAACGCAGACCAUGCUAGAACUUCGGAAUUUACGUCUUCUGAAGAAGUAGAGAGUCCUCACUUUCUGAAGACUUCUAUUCGGAGUAUCCAGAAUAAUAGUUAUGUACAACAUUCUAAGGUGAAACCUUGCAGUGGCCUAUGAAAUUCUCACCGAAUGGUACGUGCCCUGCAAAAGACAAAUGGAAGUAAUUUAACCAUAAUCGUCAACAUGUGUUUGAUUUCUCGAAGUAAAGAGAAUAAUCUGUCGGCCUCCACACUGACAUAAAUGCGACGUUAAUUAUGCCGUUGUCAUUCUACACAUUCCAAACCCGCUCACCCUUGGUCUCGUUAAAGACCACAAAACAUUCCUCAUCCUGUGGUAGAGGGGCGCUCACCGAUCGCUCUUAGGGAAUUCACUCGUCCCGUUGUGCCUUACGGGCUCUCUCUCUCUCGAGCCCAGCCGCCAGCCGCCCAGCGACGUAUGAUAUAAAUAGAGUAUUAUUACCGACAAAUAUAAGGGAGACCGGAAUGGUCAUUUCAGGCUUAUUAGCCGUCGUCAGCCAGCCACACCCAACCCCGAAAUGUGGAACACCUGAGGCUCGAACUCGCGACCUGACCGGCUGACGACGGCUAACAGGCAAGGAAUUUCCAUUCCAGCCUCCCUUGUCUUUGUCGGUAAUAUCGUUCUGCCUACAUCACGUGACCCAGGGGUUAGAGGCGUUUGACUUCUAACUAACAGAUCUCGGGAUCGUGCCCCAGGUGUUUCACACUUCGGGGCUAAGUAUGACUGGCUGACAACGGCUAAUAAUCCAGAAAUGGCCAUUCUAGUCCUCCUUGUCUUUGUCGGCAAUACCAUUAUCCCUCAUCCUAUCGACCUUCAGUCCUGGCUUACCAAUCAUAUAUACCAGUUGGGUAAAUGUUAAUGCCCGUGGCUAAUCUGAUGAACAACUGAUGUCGGUCAUCCGCUGAUCUUUCUACCAUAAAAUGUACGCAGUAAGUGUUGGGGCAAUAAUAACUGCCAUCUAAAGUAGCGUAGAUUUAAAAUAGCACUUUGCAGAUAAAUGAACUUGGGAAUUAUGCUAAAAGACAUGGAAUGACAACAAGGGGCUUGUCUUAAAUUGAAACUGUCUUAGGUUGACAAAAAAUGGAAAAAAUUUCCCGUGCGUGUAUAUUUGCACAGGCACCAAUGAAGCUGGGAAGACCGCCAGCGGCCACAUUGACAAAGACGGACGCGAACGUCCUAAUCACUUUAACUGUUUUCCAUUGACGACUUUAUUUAGCCUCAAUCGAAACUUGACUGUACCUCGAAAGCGGGAGUUCCUUGUGCUACGCCAUCUGAUGAGGUCAAUCCUUCUUCAUUUUGGAUCUAUAUGUUGUGCUUAAACGCCCUUCCUGUGGAAAGGUUAAUUGUAAUCUUGCUUCCUUACCUGCGUCCACAGUUUGGUACUCUGGAAACGAUGACCAGCGGCCUGAUUGACCAAUUUCCCAAUGUGCUCGGUAGGCACAAGAGUCUCUUCACCCUUGGAACCUGUGCUGCUCAGUUUCUUCUGGGUCUGAUCCUAGUCACCCGUGUAAGUCACCUUCCGCUUAUUGUUCCCUGCCAUUUUAUAGAAACUACGAGAUGCUUAAUUUAGAAACCACAGUUUGGCCUUUAACAACUGAAUGGCCGUGAAGAAUCUUCUUAAGCAUAAACUUCUGGCAACCAAAGCACAAGCCAUAAAACCCACGCUUAUUGACUUGAACGGCAUUUGAAUUGUGGCAUGACAGACAAGAAACCACUGGGGCAAUUACAGAGAAAGAGUGAGGAUUGGCGAAGAGAGCCAACUCAGAUUUCAGCUUUCGUCAGGUCUGUAGUUAAUACUCAGAACAAAAGUAGUGCAGAAUUCAUGCCCGUAACCCACAUGUGAGACACCUUGGGGAAGAAUGCCAUCUCUGCAGUUCAUUUAUUUGUCAUGUUAUGAAAAUGCAACGUCCAACGCUGAUGUGAAUCGGCAGUUAAACAUAAUCAAAUGCAGCGUAAAAAUGAAUGUAAAAACUCUAAACGAAUGAAAAUCCAGCUGGAAACCUGAACUCUGACGUGCCUUUUGAGCAGGCAACCAAUAUUUCAACAAAAUAUGAAGAGUAUCGACGUCAGGGGAGGGCGAUUUCUCAAAGUUACUUCUUGGCACCAGAUAGAGAUUAGAAAUGUUUUCAUCUUUUUAAUCGCCUCCCAUGUCCGGCCUUCUGCAGACUGUUUGGAUUAUUUUGGAUGUGUUCUUGCAGUCUGCAAUAGGCUGACUGAGCCAACUGUAAGGUUUUGGACGCCUUCACUUAACUCAUGUCCCAGAGGAUCACUCCAAAUCUAGUCAUAUUUGAGACCCAAAGCAAAUAAUUUCCCUCACAAGCAUUUCUCCGAUGAAGCCUCCGACAGAAAUUCGUCCCCUGUGCCAGUGGAAAGUGUUUCACUCUAAUUGUCAUCUUAAUCGGAGGAUCCAUCACCCUCAUAUGGCCGAAAACCCUUUUUUACCUAGAGCGGAAAUUCUGAAAGGGAAAAAUCACAGCUUCCUGGCAAAGUGAAAACGCUACCCACAGGAAGGCAACUGGGUGGGCUUGAACGAACAAUCCAUGCGGCAUUCGUCAAGUGCCAUGGCAUGCCAGCAGAUUUCCACUCGUUGUGCCUUCCUAGUCUGCCUUUUUAUAUUGAAGUAUCUUGUUUGCGAUAAUUACCUAUGACUUCAUCCCCUGGCAGUGGGUAAUGUUCCAUGACAGUUGCGUUCAAUAAUUUGUCCGAAUAAUGGACGAAUCCGGGCAUGAGCUCGACAAUUAAAAUGGCACGAGUGUUUUACUUUAAUGCUCAAUGACGCACUGGGCCAGGGGUCCAAACCUCCGAUGCGCCACUACCUUAGGCGGAAAAUGGCGGCCUGACUGCCUACUAUCGAUGCAUACACCAGACUUGACCACCUCAGUUAUUUCUGUUCCGUGGCGAUGUCUAUUAACAGGAAUUCCCCGACUACUUACUACUUGUCACUAUGUGAAUAGCUGCGUCAUCUACAAGUCGGAGCUCCAGGGUAAAACGCAAUCGCUCGUAUGCUGCAGGCCAGUUGGCAAAAAACGAUUAACGAUAGUCUCAUGUGACUGGGACUCCGGUCCCUUCAGUUCAUUCUCAGCUCCCUGAAGCUCCACCAUCUCAGCAAACUCCAAGCUUACUUUGGCCGCCAAUAGGUUUUGUGUUGUACAGCGAGUUGUUAUCAUGUGAUUGCGCUCCGUGGGAACUGUGAACCAGAUAAUAUCUAAAAUCGACUCGAAAGUACGUUGCAAGUGUCAAAACAUUCUUUGUGUUAAAUUUUAUCUCUUAAGAGGCGCCUUUUCCUUUUUCUAGGCCGGAUCGUAUUACUUCCAGGUGCUUGACUGGUACGCAACUCCCAUCAGUAUCAUCAUAAUUGCUGUGACGGAGAUUGUGAGCCUGUCCUAUGUCUAUGGUAAGCAAUCGCGUGUCACACAUCUGUGUCCUUAUUUACGUUAAGUAAAUGAUGGAAUCUCUGCAUCCAAGUAAUAUUAAGUUCAACAGUGUUAUGCAAGUUAUAUGUUGCAGCUCAGCGUAAUAGCAAAUUACGUUCGACAAAUUGCUAGCUUCCGCUUAUUUCUCGUUCACUGUUGUGCACGAACUUGAACUGUCAGUGAACCCUCGAGAGCUCCCUCAAUAAUUAAACAGGUCAUUAUUUUCGGCUGUGACCACAUCUUGUAUGCGUUGGAAAUGUUCCCAUAUACCUUAACGUUGAGGAUCACUAAUUUAGGGCGAACGCAUGUUAAGUCGUGGAAGUACGCUCAAAUCUCUUAGCUAAUCAAAUAAUGGCUUUACAACCAAAAUAAAAAGUGAUAGUUCGGCUAUCGUUACCGUCGUCCACUGUGCGCUCCACAGCAGAGUGGAAGCCGUGGCGGUAAUUUGCGCGUACAUUCAUUUAUAGUGGUGGCAGAUGUGCGCGGUAUCUACCGCACCCUCUCCUCUCCCACCUGGACUCGGUGUCAUGGUAGAGUCAAGAAGACCAGGGGCGGAAGAGAGCGCGGGUGGCGGGCACGGCAGAAACCGGCAUCUAGAUAUGUCACCAAGCCCUCCGGUCUAGCACGUACACUGACCAGGAUUUUAAAAAACAAGAAAAAAGGAGAGGCUUGGAUUUCAACUGAGUGGGAGUGGUCAUAAAGGUCACAGUAAGAAGAAACCAUUGCAGCCUGACUCUCCGUCCCCUGAGGGGAGGACCAAGUUAUCCCGUCAGUUGGCGACUUUCUAAGUCACAGCUUUUAGCGCACCGUGAUGGAUUCAAGUGCGUCAGACUUUUUAUGGUUAGAAAUGUGCGUUGAGACUGUCGACAUCGCCCUCUCUUCCCUCUCACCGGCACCACUCCGCUGUCUGAGGCAGUCUGAUGCGGGAAGUGGGUGCAGUUGCCGACGUGGAUCGAGAGCCCGCACCGCACGCACGAUGUAGCUGCAAUACUUAUUAUCUUGUGACAUAAUUCCAGGAUAUUUUAGCCGCACCAGAAUGCCGACUUUGGAAUGUCCUUUUUUCUGGUCGCCUGAAACAACCACGGAUGGCCAAAAGAGACCACUUAAGUAGUAUGAUUUUUGCAUUUUCCAUUUUUUGUAGAAAACGCGCUCAAAAAUAUCCUUCCUUGUAUUUGUUUGGUAACAGAUCGCAUUUUCUUUAAGCAUUGUCCUCUAGGGAAGGUCAUCGCUGGGAAUUUUAAGUUUUCAAUUAUCACAUAAUGUUAAACAUAAUCUGCCGUUGCGUAUGCAUUUAGGACUGCAAUUUGUACACCUUCCAUGCGGAGAAUACCAUAUGUUCCCCAGGUUAUUAAGAAGAUGACAUCUAAGGCUUGUAAAAUUUUGUAAUGGAUGUGUACCAUGUUGUAUACUUCUUAAGGAACAUGAAUGGGCGGACAGAUAUGAUGUUAUUUUAAUGGACAUCCCACGAUCUCUAGAAAUCUCUAAUUACAAACUUUUUUAAAACCAAAAGACACCCUUUCAUUGGGUACCAUAUUUAAAGGGGACGUAAUUUGUCACCAAUGAAAUACAGGCAAGGAUAUUUUAUAACUUUUUCAUAAAAUAUAUUUGAAUUUAUAAGGACACCGAAAGUCAGUGGAAAAAGUAAACACUAUUCAUGCAGUUACUCUUUACCGAAAGGAGCCGAAAAGGUGCGCUUGCAAAAAUCGGCAUUCUAGUGCGACUGAAAAAUCUUAGAAUUAUGCAACGUCCUAUUUAGUAUUAUUACCCCACCCAAGUAAUCUUUUCCAGUUGGAAACACUUUCAAAAUUUUCGACCAACAUUUCUUGAGGUAUUUCACCUACUGUGCAUCCACGGCGCUAAAUUCUCCCCCAUUGUACACGAACUCAUAUAAUUCGCGGUCCGCCGCGGGCUGCGGGCUGACUAUCGAAAUGGUUAUUUAAUGACAAGUACAAAACGUGGCCAGAAAACGCGGGAAUUCAUCCCAAAUUGAUUUGGCUAGCCAUUUUCACCGGGCAGACCUUAACCAGCCUUGGACAGAAUCUCAAACCAAUGGAGUUCCUUGCGAGGGGUUGGACCUGCUCUCCAGAGUGCAAUAAUGCUUGUACUAACGGAAGAACCUUUAACAAAGGGGUCAUGUAACUACAAGGAGGGUUCGCAAGGCACUUCUAAACUGGCAUCUAAGCUUUCGAAAUAAAAAUAAUUCUCGGUAACAUUUAUUGAGAUCGCGUUUAGCACGCACUGAAAUAGGAACUGAAAUUCAGAAGUGUUUCCAAAAUCCCUUAAUUUAAUCAUGAACCAACAUGUGUAAUUAACUGAAUUUCUAAUGUCGGGUUCCAAAAGAAGCGACUUCUACGUAUUCAUAUAAGCCUCUUUUCGGGUCCCUCGCCAGUUAUUUCCUUAGGCUGCCCCCGAUGAGAACAAGGUGAACUGUGGCGACUCUGGUAGUGGGUGAACUUGAAGCGCCACAAGCUUGUCCGAGCCCUCCAGCCCUGGCACUGAUGCUGUGCUGGGAAUCAUGUGAUUACGGCUCCCGGGCGGACGUAGCCUUGAGGACAGCCAAUCACGGGCGGCCACAAACCACGACCAAUCAACUUAUAAAGCCGACGCUGACAGACUCUCACAUGACACAUUCACGCCCACAUCACCUUGGCGAAUAGGCGCGCGUCGGGGCUCUGACCGCCAUUAAGGCUGUGUACAGAAUCCACAACUUCUACUGGCGCCUUCCCCUCCAGAACGGGAUUGGGCCGUGAUUAUUGUGAUGCUCUGAAUACACUCACCACUUCGACGCUACUGCCCUGGCCAUCACAAUAAUCAGAGGAAUUCGUGCUUAGAAGGAGGUGUGUAUUCAGUGCUGAGGCUGUAGUGUGUUCGGAGGCCUCGACGCGCGGCCGAUUCGAGACCCGCUCGCGAGUGUAAUGUGAACUCGCAUGAAUAAGCCCACGCCCCAAGUGAGAGCCAGCCAGCGUUCGUUUAUGGAGUUAAUUGAGUGAGUCCAGGGUGGGUGAGCGCCCGAAGCUGACGGUCCUGGGGGCUGAAUGCGCGUACUUUUCAUGCGCCCAUAAGCCGUGAUCACAUGAUGCCUAGCAUGUCGUAUGUGUCAGGGCCAGAAGGCAUACGCGCGUAUGAGGAGCUACAAACUUCAUGUAGACUAUUAAUUUCCGGUCGCACUGCGGCGUCCGAGGAAACCCAGGCAUCCGGAUCGCUGUCACUUACAGUAGGUGGGUUAAGUCAUGAAAUGCCAACCGAAAUUACGAAAUUCAUUUUCGUUUCGAAAAGAUUAAUUUAUUGGCGCCGUCAAACCAAUCAGCAUGCAGUUUAAUUCUAUAAUAAUUCAGGUACCUCAAGAUGCCGGCUUUCCAACGAACUUCUUACCGGCUGCAUGAAAAAAUUAUACUCUGCAAAAAUGCAUACUAAUUAAGAAGUAUGCAUUUUUCUGAUUGAUUUUCGAUGCACUUAAAAAUUCAAUCAUACUUUAUGGAAAACGUGUAUAAAACAAUUCAUUCUCCUGCUCAUUUAAUAGAAGAUUAUGUCUUCUUUAAAUUUUAUAGCGAAAGAAGGGUAUAAUUCGGUUUUAAAAAGUUUCUAAUUGUGAAAUUUUUUAAUACCGUGAAAUGGCCGUUCAUAAAGCGUCAUACCCCUGCAUUUACCAACGUGGCUUGUAAAGUUAACAAUAUGACUCAAAUCCACUGCUAAAUCUUAUGAACCCCAUGUAGUCUCCUUUAAAUACCGUAGAGAAAUGUAUGGUUUCCCUUACGCGGAAAAUAUACGGCUCGUAGUUUUGAAACGCUGAAUUCAGUAACACAGCAGGUCGGGUUCAAAAUGAUUCGGGAAUUGGAAAAGUUUUUGAAAACCGGAUUAUAUCCUUCUUUCGACUAUAAAAUUGGAAGAAGACGUAAUUUUCUACCGAAUGAGCAAAAGAAUGAAUAUUUUUAUGCAUGCCUUUCAUGAAAUAUAAUUGAAUUUUAACGGCAUUGAAAAUACAUCAGUAAAUAUAUACUACUUAAGUAGUAGUAUAUAUAUUGCGGAGUGUAAUUUUUGCAUGCAGCCGCUAAGAAGCUCGUCCGAAAGCCGGCAUCUUGAGGUGACUGAAUUAUUAUAGAAUUAAACUGCGUGCUGAUUAGUUUAACGGCGCCACUAAAUAAAUCUUUUCGAAACGAAAAUGGAUUUCGUAAUUUCGGUUGGCACUUUAUGAGUUCACCCACCUGCUGUAGUCGGAUGGUAAAUGUGCAGCCUGACCUCUGUGAGAGAAGAUUGCAGGCCAUGACCUGUUGUUGUCACUCUGUACAUUUGGCAACAACCUCGCCGGGAGAAUAAGGAGGCGUCCAGUUGUUCAACUUGGCGGCCAUUGCUUUCGAGGGGUGUAUUUUCCCUGCCAGACAUGGAGCUUGAAAACACUUUGUCCUUCCUAACACUAACAGAUAAACCGAUUGCUUUAGCAAUCGCUUUUAUUCCCUACACUAUACACUGUAUGUCAGCAUAGGUUGACGCUAGUAGGAUGACAUUGUCGGCGUAGUCGAGGUCAGUCAGCUGGAUCCGAGGGAAAAUUCGGCCUUAUGAAAAUCCUGUACGUUUCUUCCAAGAUUUCAUUUGCCAGCGUAGACAGACAGGAUAGGCAGCAGAAUGUAACCUUGUCUAAACCAGACCAAGUAUCGAGUUGCCUAGCGAAGGUAAUCAUCGCCACAUCGUGUCUACCGGAAGAGUUGCGUGGACCGCUGGACCAGAGGGCAAAGUAAGAUUUGAUACCCUAGAUUUUGAUUUCACGAGAAUCUGCAUGGGGAAUUCGGAGUCCAAGGAGGCAUCAAACAUCUCCAUUGUUUUAAUGAAGACUGGGCACUGCCAGACCUUGGGUAUAAGGAUCGAGGAGCAUUUGCAAACACAAGUACCCAGUACCACAUUUUGGACGUAGAUUGGAUAUUCAGACACUUACAAUGCUCGGCCGCAUCACUGGACCGGGGUGUUGGGGGCGUCGCUUGACAUAGCCGCCAUAGCAUAAACCUUAACGCUCAAAACGGAUAUUGCGCGUAAUCUGGUUAUCGUUGCAGACAGAAUGCCAAGGCAGUACAAUUGGAGGUAUCCGCUAGGCGAGUAACUGAACACCAUGCUGUGGGAUGCCGCCGCGAGAACCGCAAAGUCUUGCUGAACUCCAUGCUUUGAGCCGCAUGAGCGUUACGAAUACUUACUCCCGUCUCCCUAGCAAACACUUAGCCACCCUUUUCCAAACUUUUUACCACCCUCGAAAUAAAAGCGCCUACAUGCUUAUACGAAAACGCUGGGUCAUGUAGGUACCUGAUUCCCCCAUGACAUAUAGCACAGACACCGGCGGUGAGAAUGACUCCUUGCGCUCUUGUUAGGGCUCACCGAUGGUUCGGACCACGUGCCGUCGAAAUGACAUAACCUGAAGGGAAGCCCGACUUUGAUUGUCUUAAGUAUUUUGCUGCUGCUGUAUGUUCCCGUGUUGCUUUGCCGUACUGAUGCAGAUGACGGACACUGACGGGGCCCCGGCUGAAACAUUUACCGGAGUAUCUUUUGUAAUGUGCUGGGCCACAACGCGCGUCGGUGCAAUGAUUGGACUUCUGCUGCAGCGAGCCUACUGAUAGAUAGUGCAGGAGCUGCUCUUUUGCAAUCUGUGUCGUACAACCAUGCCUUCUUCAAGACACAACCGCGGCCAGAUGUGGAAUAGAAGCGUUUUAGCUAUUGGAGUUACGAGAAGGCCGUAGCGGAUUUCGAAGGCGAACCAUUCUUCUAAUUCACCAGCUCCUACCAGCACUGACAACCAAGAUGCGGUGACAGCUACCAUGGGCAGCAAUUUUUGCUUCGCCGUGUCCUUGAUCGCUGUCAUUGAUACCAGGGGGCUUUCAUAUCUGUAUUGUAGAACUCUUCUUUGUCUUAACUCCAUGCAUGAGGCCUCUCUGUGGUCUGUCAUACUACUUACUAGCAUGUCACCAAAAUCACUCCACUUGAUUCAUGCUUACCACGACGGAACAAGGAGCGGAGUCCGCACGAAUAGCAAAUAAAUUAAUUUAAUUAAUGUUGCCUUUGAUGUCCGUCAAAAGUUCCUUUCGAUCAAAUAUUUCCAACUAUGUGAUAAGACUGAGUUCUUCCACACGCAUUGCUAGAUGACUCCAAUGAUGCAGCAGGUUCUGGUUCGUGUAGAAGAAGAAAAGCUCUUACGGCCAAAAAUACACACCUUCAAGGGGUAUGGAACUAAUGGUACUUGCGUUUAAUUUUCCGAAGUUGGCCUAAAUGCUCGCAGCUUCAGCAACUACUGUACUUUCAGUCAGAAACAAAACUGGUUAAAUCCACUCUUCGUACUCACUAAAGUAGAUUGUUUGCCGUAUUGGCCUUCAAGGCGAAAUUGUGCCUGAACUUUGCACUGACUGACGCGGUUGUGUCGAGGUAGCCAACUGCCUAAGUGGACUGAUGUUAUGAAGGUAGACCCCGAGCGUAUCGUUUGCCCUGCGCUCUUCGGUUUGCACGUCUGGCGCGUCAGAUGAUAUCUUUUUCGCUCCCGAGUCUGUCAUCAGUUAACUAUAAUAGAACAUGAUGACUCGUUAUGUUGCGAAUCGGCUGGAGCCGUUUGAAUCCCUUCUCAGGCAUAUCGUUGAAACCUCGAGUGCGGUUAAGAGGCUGUUUUAAAGAUAUUUUUAUCGUCGAUUCCAACGGUGUUUGCAUCCCUCUGCGUGGAUUCCUCCUCAUCUGCUGUGGUAGUUGUUGGUGCAACAGCAUUGGUGGCUGCGUCUCCGUCAGUCCCGCAUUGCGGUGCGGCCUUGUGUAUGCCCGUUGUAGGUUCUCCCCUGUUUGGAUUCGCCUUCGGCCCAGCUUCGCUCUUGCACUUUUGUCCGUUGAGCUGCCUCUGGGGGGCUUGGAAGGCUGUAGAAGGGUGAGGCAGCGUUUGAUGGGCAUUGAUUCCGUGUACCAGGAAUAUAUUUUUUCCCUCUUUACGCGGUAAUUUCCCGGACCCAGGGUUUCGGCAUCUGGAAGGCAAGUGUGUGUCCGGAGUCUGGGCAGUGUUCGGUCACCAGAGACAAUGGAUCCAUUCUCCUUACUGCCCGCAUGUGUUCUUUACUACGGGUUUGUAACUGCUUCUCGGUCUCCUCGAUGCAAGUAGCUUUGAAAGAGUUACAACGGACCGAGUAGAUUACGUCUGUUGUUUGGAGGAUGGAAUGUGUACGAGGAAUUCGUUCUCCUCCUGGCGAGCGCUUCCCUACACUGAUGGCGUUUUUGAAGCAGUUUCCCGCCUCCUGAGACCUUUAGAGAUGGGCAUCACUCAUCGACCGGAGUCACCCAUUUAACAUUUGGUCGUGAGACCUAAGGUCCUCAUCGGUACGAGGCGAAAGAUACAUAUAUUAAUAACUGCAUAGACGAAAAUGCUUACCUUGCAGUCCUCAGGCCUUGAGUUUGCGUUAAAUCGCAGCAAGAGUUUCGAAAAUUUGGUGGCAAAUUCGAAGAAUCUAAUUCGAGGCGGACACACUUCUUGUUUGCUCUUCGUUAGACCUGUUUCACCAAUACGCAAUGAGGUUCUACUCUAUUGGAGGUAGGAAAACCAAUGGUGUAGUGAUGAGUGCUUAUUUCAUCAAAUUGACUUGGUCUUCUUUGGUUCUGACGCUUCGCCGAACUGUCAUCAAGCUACAGCAUAAUGUCCAAUACUUAUUUUCGAGCGUGAGUGAAAUUCUGAAGAAAGAGCGAAUUGGGUGUAUUUUAACGUGCCUUCUUAUCACACAUGCACCAAAUAUCCUACUAAAGUAUAUAAUCGUCCCGAUUACUGUUUAAUCUGGUCACGUAAUUUGUCUGGAUUAAUUUUCCAGGAAAAUCCAAUAUGCCAACCAAUAAAUCUUUCAGAAUUGAACACUAGAAAUCCUCAAAUGUUACUUGCUUCCAAAAGUACACACCGAUUUACGUCGGUUGCCUUUGUGGACACUGCUUUGGACAUAGUUGUGCUAGUUUGUUUUACAGCUUAAGUGCUCCCACAAUUGAUCUGCAAUAUAGCUGGUAGAUACUAACUAACUGAUACUCUGCCUCAGGAUUUCUUCGUAAAGCGCUUGGGGGGAAAGCAUCGAUUUAAUCAUAAUAAAGAAAUUGCAAGCACCUAUGAUCACGCUACUACAGUCACAUAUGAACGUCUGCGAACUAUGGGCAACUAAGGUGUAGAAGCCCCUUGAAUGAUUGCAUAUUCGACUGUUAGAUAGGCAGACUAGGAGAGUAUCCAAGUGACGAUCCUGGACAUGCGAGUCUACUGAAAACAGUCCAAAUGCCCCCUAGACCGCCCACUGUAAAGGUCAGCGCAUUGUGGUUGGUCAGUCAAACGCGAUAGAACCGAAGUGAAUGUCAACUAAGAGAACAUUUUUUGUCGAAAAUAUACUCCUUUGUAACGGUUAUAAGGGGGACUUUUAAUGGACUCAACAGGCGGUCAGCCGAGUCUCUCAAAAUUAAUUGCUGAGUCCAAGAUUCAGUCAAUGAAGAAUGGAAAAGAAGAAAAUCAUGUCCUUCAAUACAACAAGUUUCUUCCUUGAAAAUCGGUUCUCAGAGUAUACGUAAGUUUCUUGCUUUUCACUGUAACAAGUUUUAUAUUCUGAACGAAAAUUCCAAAACGAAUAUCGCCUUUUGGGCCGAUGAGACUGGCGUUUUUACGAGUUUCUUUAAACACCACGAGUUCCUAUCCGAGAGGUUGUCUAUGCAAGUUAGAAAAGCGCCUGGACAAAUGGCGGUCGAAUUUAAUUUCCGAGUCAGUAUUGAGCCCAGUUUAUCACACACAUCUGCAUGUGAUCUCAGGUAACAAGACCGAGAGAUGAUGAACAUUCUUAGUGGUUUGAAGCCGUCCAUUUUUGUCAGUACGUUAACGGCCGUGUAUCACUCAUCUGAAACUAUUGAGAAGUCAAAACAUCUCUUGUCGGUUACCCCGUCAACUUUAUCCAAGUCAUUUUUCGCCUUCGAUAUCUCCCAUCACAGUUGAGACAUUUUUUAACCUUUCCAGGCAGACAGUUUAACAGCAAAUGUCCAAAUAUAUGAACCUUGGUACCACAUCUCUCGCUAUUGUCUUUUACUCACUAACCUCGUCGCUUGCGUCAACAACAUCCCGCGUCUCCUGUAAGAGGUAUUAUAGUUCUGGAUUGGCUUAGAGAUAUUUAUGCGUCCCAGUCUUCAUGUUAAGAAGGGGACUCCAGCCGUUAAUUCAACUUGAAACGGCAUGCUCUCCUGUUCGAUCCCAAGAGUGCUGCUUUACUUAGGACUACUUUAUCACUCUUCAUCUGCAAUUCGUCUGUUUUUCCUUUGAUAGGAGCUCGGAGAUUGCUGGAGAACGCUGGGUCGAUGUUGGGUGGAUUUCAUAAGCUGAGCAGAUUCUGGUGGCUUACCAGUUGGUACGUUUUAGUUCCCCUCUUCACCGCGGGCAUUUGCAUCUCCCUAUUCAUCGACUAUGCGCCCCCGAAGUUCACAAACGGUCAACCCUUUCCUGAUUGGUCAAUCGCGUUUGGUUGGUGCGUUGCCCUCAUUUCGAUUCUCCCGAUGCCCGGCGUAGCUAUUUUCCACAGUAUCAAAAACCGGCGACAACUCUCUGUGGUGAGCGCAGUAUACUGAGGCAUUUAAAUAUGUUCAAGGUAUCUGUUUAAUAACACAUAGUCUUAUUUAACUGCUCAUUUUGAACCUACCACUCGAAUCAGUUCGUGAUAACCUCGUUAAGUACAUGUGGUGAUUUCACUAUUGAGAUUUCGUCCGACGAGUACAUUAAAGGGGGCAGCUGUUAGUCCCUCUUGAACUGUAUACUGGGGAAGAUAGUAUUUUGCUAAUUAUCGAAAUGCCACAGCAUGCUCUUCUCGACCGUGGCAAACGUGUCAUCAGCAUAAUGGCAACAAAAUCUUGGCUUAUACUGGCUGAAGACAGUCUCUACCAGCUUCCGGAGGAGUAGUUCUGAUGUUAGACUGCAUAUUGGGUAGCCCGCUGGAGUACUCCUGAUCUGACCACAGGUUUUUCCAGCAAAGUGGAGGAAGGUUUUUUGGAAAAAUUCGACCAGCAUGACUGAGUGCUCCAUUUUACACAGUUUCUAUGUCUCGUCGUAUGCCUCUCCCAGUUUAUCGCGCAUGACUUCGUACAACCAAUUCGGUUGGAUGGAUUUAAACAAGGAGGCCACAUCGAGAAAGUCCAUGCUUUCUUCCAACCGAAUUCUUCGACCUCGGACAUAUAAGAGGAAUUUGUAGGCCUAUCGGAGUGAGACAGUCGAAUUGCCCUAAAGGAACUUCUGUUUGGAUUGCAUCCGUUUUGCAAAAUUAUACGUAGGACUGACUUUAAGACAACAACCAGUUAUAAUUUGAUUUGAAGACCUCUGGAAAAUCAGGGAAUCAGGUCAGAGCAUUAUCUGCUGUUUUCAUUUGGCGUCGUUCGGUCUCCGUGAUCACAUCUUUGCGCCUAAAAGUAAUCGUUACGCUCCGCUUUUGCUUUUAGUGUACGGUUAAUAAUCCGGAAUAUGUGCGCAUUUGUUCCAUGUUAAAGGUCAAUUUGAACUGGAUAAAGCAAGACUCGCCAUUUAUCGUUUCAAGCAUGACGACCAUCCCGUCAGCUAUAAGGGCCAAACAGUUGCCAAGGAGAACGUUUCUGUGUGAGGUCUGCUGACCGAUUAGCACAAUACCCGUUUCGUGCGACGGACAUCGGCCGCCUUUUUUAACUCUGCUCUCUUACAUACGAUUGCGGAGUUGGCACCGCGAAGAAAACCAUGCUUUCCAGAACUGAUAAGCUGAUGAAUGCUAAGACAACCACUCUUACCCGAAUAACAUGCCCUGUGUAGCUGUCCAAAAGGAAGGCGGUACAUAUCUGAUAGUGAGCUCGAGCACCAGUUUAGCACGUCAGGUAAGUACAUCUACUUACACUGAAUCCGAAUCUUCCACUUCUUCAAAAAUGCAUCCAUAUGGGCAAGAGGGCAUUUACAUUUUAGGCUGACCUUGUUUAACCAGUCCCGUCUCAACAAACGGGAUCUGCAUAGCUUUGAGGUCUAUCCAGUGGAGAUGAGAGCUAUUGAUUGAAUGUUACCCCGCAAUAGAUUUAAAGAUGAGCAAGGAGGAAGUGCAGUUGACCCAUGGCUACUUCAGAAGAAGACUUAGAUACAAGAAAAGGGAGAAGUUUGUUCACUGCUGACUUUUCUAGAUUUCACCUCACCUAAACCACCCUACGUGCCUUUUCCCACCUAGGUGUUUAGACCAACUGAGUUCUGGAUGAACUCAGUGGAGGAGCGCCAUUCCGCGCAGGCCAACGUCAGCGGUGGAACCACAUCCCCCACGGCUAGUUCGGACAGUGCAUCAGACAAAGAUUUUGAAGCGGGUCUACGCAAAAUAUGA